UCAGGGCGGCGCGCCGCGCCCAAUGUCCUGCCGCGUCCGGGAAGAAAUAGUCCCUGGGACGCGCGGCAGCCUGGCCCGCCUCCCAGGCCGGACCGCGGAGGGGAGCCGUCCCUCCCCCGCCGGCCCCGAGCGGCCGAGGGAGGGACGUAGCCGGGCCUGCUCUUCCCGAAGACGCACAACCCAAUCAGAGCGGGUGACCGGCGGCCACUGGGCCCGGUUUCGGGACCCCACGGCGGGGUGGCUUGGGGACGGGGGCGUUGCCUCCAGGCGCCUCCCCUCGGGGCGGGCCCCGAGCCCUGACCCCAGUCCGCCAAGUUGCUGCGGAGUCAAGAAGGCGCCCGAGGCCCCAAAGGACAACAGUGACCAGUUUUUAGCACAACUGCGGAGCGAGGUGGAGCGACGAGAGGCGGGAGCGGAAGAGGCGCGGAGGCCAGGGGUGCGAAUGGCGCGCUCCGAAGCCGCUAGCGUUCAAGCUACGCCGACAUGGCGCCUCUCCGCCGCCCUUCUACCCCGAAGCGGGGGAGUUCAGGGAAGGCCCGAUGGAGCGCCAGCCUCCUCCCCGUGGACGACCAUUGAGAAAGCCAAGCUGAUUAGACACAUGAGUAUCAGCCAGGCUGAAGGCUCUGGAAUGAUCCCCCAGCUCGUGCCCAACUUCAGGAGUCAAGUCCCAGCUGCCAACUGCUGGCAGCCAAGGUACUAUGGAGACAGGCACUACCUGGAAACUCACCGGGCACCUCCAUCAGCAAGGGCACUUCCAACAAAGGCCCCCAGCCCAUGCCCAGGAAGCUGCAGCUCCACCGAAGGAUUCCAGUGGCUCAACUAAAGGAACAACUUCCAGGCGGUGAUAUAUGGGCGCCCCCCCCCCCAUCGCCAGCGUCACAACAAGAAUGUGGCCAACCACAAAAGGAGGGCACCACCCCCUCAUUUGAAGGGAAUCCCGGCUCUCUGCACGGUAUUCUUGUCUCCCCAGUUGUAGAAUCCGGGUUACAAGCUUCUUGAAUUUUUCUCCAGUUAAAACACGUCCUUUCAGGUCCUUGCUCCCAACCCUUCCUCACGCUCCAGGG